AUGCGCAUCGCGCCUCGAGACUUAUUUCUCGACCAGUUCCGGAAACGGGGUUUUCCGGCGCCCCCCCCGACCAAUCAGCGGCUGCCUCCGGGCCGACCAAUGGCAGCGAGGCGGGGUGGCCGGCCGGGUUGGGGCGGGGAGCCGGGGCUAGGAGGGGCGGGGCGGCGAGCGCGGGGAGGUCCGGCCUAUGCGCGGCUGUGGCCGUGGUCGAGCUGCAUGAAGAAGCGGGCCUGCCGCUACCUGCUGCAGCACUACCUGGGCCACUUCCUGCAGGAGCGGCUGAGCCUGGAGCAGCUCAGCCUGGACCUGUACCAGGGCAGCGGCGGGCUGCGGGACAUCCACCUGGACGUCUGGUCUGUGAACGAGCUGCUGGAGUCGGUGGAGUCGCCCCUGGAGCUGGUCGAUGGCUUCGUGGGCUCCAUCGAGGUGGCGGUGCCCUGGGCCGCCCUGCUCACCGACCACUGCACCAUGCAGGUGUCCGGCCUGCAGCUCACUCUGCGGCCGCGGAGCGGGCAAGUGCCUGGGACGGCAGAAUCCCAGAGCUGGACGUCCUGCAUGACCACCAGCCUGCAGCUAGCUCAGGAGUGCCUUCGCGAGGGCCCCCCCGAGCCCUCUGAGCCCCCCCAGCCCCUGGAGGGCCUGGAGAUGUUCGCCCAGACCAUCGAGACAGUGCUUCGGAGGAUCAAGGUGACCUUCCUGGACACCAUUGUGCGGGUGGAACACGCGCCAGGCGGCGGCGACGGCGGCAUGGCGGUGGAGAUCCACAUUCAGAGACUGGAAUACUGUGAUGAGGCCGUGCGGGACCCGAGCCAGGCCCCCCCCGUGGACGUGCACCAGCCCCCCGCCUUCCUGCACAAGCUGCUGCAGCUCUCGGGUGUCAAGCUUCACUAUGAAGAGUGUCCCCCUUCUCAGGAAGAGUCCCCCGGCCCCCCCUUGCAGAUUGGCAGCUGCUCCGGGUAUAUGGAGCUGACCGUAAAACUGAAGCAGAACGAGGCCUUUCCUGGGCCCAGGAUGGAGGUGUCGGGGCAGCUAGGCUGCCUGCACCUGCUCCUGGCCCCCCAGCAUCUCCUGCAGCUGCAGGAUCUUCUCAGUGCCCUGAGCCUAGCAGACACGGAGGGGCUGUCGGAGAAGGCGAACAAGAACCGGCCCCUCAGGCCUGAGGACUUGCGACUUAUCGAGCAGGACCUGAGCCAGCAGCUCCAGGGGGGGCCGACGCCUCCCGGACCCCUGGGGGCCCGCCUGCCUGGCAAGGCAGCGGCCCCCAUCCCCCCAGAGAGCCUCCGCCCAGAGUCGCUGCUGAAAGUGACCCUGGGCGGAAUGACGCUGACAGCCCUGCAGCAGCCCCCCGGGGCUCCCCCCGGCUGCCCCCCCGACCUCGCUGCCCGCUUCUUUGCCGAGUUUGACGCUGCCAAAGAGGGACCCUUUGGGUCCCGGGACUUUCACCACCUCCGGCCCCGCUUCCAGAAGGCCUGUCCCCGAAGCCACGUGAGGCUAACGGGCUCCGCGGUGCAGCUGAGCUGGGAACAGCGCGGAGGGGCCGGCAGCAGGGGCCGGGCUUUUAGCACUGACCUGCUCUUUGGGCAGCUGGAGGUGCUGGAGUGUCUGUGGCCCGAAGGGGCGACUGAGCCCGAAUACACAGAGCUCCUGAGCUUCCCCAACGGCUCCGGCUUCGGGGCCUCGGCCCGCCCUUGUGCACACCUGCGGUACAUCCAGACCCAGCGCCGGAUCCCCAAGAGCCACCCCCGGCGGGCGGCCUCGUAUCUCUGUACCUCUGACUUGUCCUUGGAACUGGCCGAAUUCCAGUCUGACGUGGAGCUGGGGGCUCUGGACCGGCUCGGGGCGCUUUUCCAUCUCGCCACCACCCCGAUGGCCCAGGAGCAGGGCCUGCUGAGAGAGCCUCCUUGUACCGUGGAGCGCCAGACGGUCCUGCGGGUCACGGCCCCUCACGCCACCCUUCGGCUGCGAUUCCCCAUCCCCGACCUGCGUCCCCAGCACAACCCUUGGGCCGGCCGGGCCGUGCGGGAGGAACUUCUCCGCCUCGAGCUGACGGACCUGGAGUUUCAGUCCGAGCUGAGCCAUGGCCCCAACCCCCAGGCCCCCACCCUCUUGGAGCUGACCUGCAGCGACCUGCAUGGAACUUACGAGGACAGGGAGAAGCCUGCUGUCCCCUGCCUUCGAGUUUCCAAGACCCUGGAUCCCCAGGGCCCCGGACGCAAGUACAUCCUACCCAAGGCAGUGGUGACCCUGAACCCCCAGUGCAGCAGCUCCCAGUGGGAUGUGGUCCUGGAGAAGGGGGAAGAAGUGGAGCUGUCAUCAGCCGAGAGCCCCUGUGAGCUGCGGCAGCCUGAGCCUUCGCCCUUUUCCUCCAAGAGGACCAUGUAUGAGACUGAGGAGAUGGUGAUUCCCGGAGAUCCUGAGGAGAUGGGAGAAUUCCAGAGCCGAACGCUGGCCCUGUCCCGCUGCAGCCUGGAGCUGAUCCUGCCCAGUGCCCACAUUUUCCUGCCCAGCAAGGAGGUCUAUGAGAGCAUCUACAACAGGAUCAAUAACGACCUGCUCAUGUGGGAGCCUGGAGAUCUGCUCCCCGACCUAGGCCCUGCUGCUUCCACGGCCACCCCUGCCUUCCCCGGGCCCUCCGCCUUCUGGCAGGAAGACUUCAAGAUGUGCAAAUCCGCCUUUAAACUGGACUCAGACUCUGAAGAUGAAGACACGCACUUCUUCUCGGUGGAUGAGUCGGGGGUCCCACAGCCUCCUGCACCAGAGCCGCGGAGUCCCCGUACCCAGAGCACUUUCUCCACGCUGGUGACGGUGCUGAAGGGGCGGAUCACUGUUCUGUGUGAGACCAAGGGCGAGAGUGGGAAGAAGCUGGACGACUGCCACGGAGAGCUGGUCCUCGAUGUGACCCAGGGCACCAUCUUCAGCGUCUCCCAGUAUCUGGGCCAGCCGGGGCUGGGCUACCUCUGCCUGGAGGCCGAGAAGGCGGCCCUCUACCACCAAGCCGUAGUGGACGAUUAUUUGCUGCCUACCCGCCUCGAGGUGCCCAGCUUCACCCCGCCCGCCCACCUGGCCCCGACCAUCUACCCCUCAGAAGAAGGGGUGACGGAUCGGGGGUCUGCGGGCCGCAAGGGCCAGGGCCAGGGCCCUCGUAUGCUCUCCACGGCUGUACGCAUUCAUCUGGAUCCCCAGAAGAACGUCAAGGAGUUCCUGGUUACUCUGCGGCUACAUGGAGCCACCCUUCGCCACCGCAUGGCCCUGCCCAACCAAAGCUGGCACUGCCAGCUCCUGGAUUUCUUGGAUGUUUUGGACGACCCCAUCCUCGGCUUCCUGCCGCCCACGGUCAUCACCGUCCUGCACACGCACCUGUUCUCCUGCGCCGUUGACUACAGGCCUCUCCACCUUCCUGUGCGCGUCCUCAUCACCGCAGAGACGUUCACCCUCUCCAGCAACAUCAUCAUGGAUACCUCCACCUUCCUGCUCAGGUUUAUCCUCGACGAUUCCGCCAUCUACCUGUCCGACAGGUGUGGGAGUGAGACCCUCGACCUGCGCAAAGAUUAUGUCUGUGUUCUGGACGUGGAUCUGCUGGAGCUUGUGAUCAAGACCUGGAAGGGCAGCACGGAGGGCAAACUGAGCCAGCCCCUCUUCGAACUGCGCUGCUCCAACAACGUGGUACAUCUGCACAGCUGUGCCGACUCCUGCGCGCUGCUGGCCAACUUGCUGCAGUACGUGGUGGGCUCCGGGGAUCUGCACCCCCCAGCCCGGCCCCCCAGCCCCACUGAGAUCGCCGGCCAGAAGGUUCAGCUCUCAGAGAGCCCGGCUUCCCUGCCCUCCUGCCCCCCGGCUGAGACUGCCCUCAUCAAUCAGCGGGACCUGACCGAUGCCCUCAUUGAUACGGAGCGGAGCCUGCGGGAUCCGGCCCUGCCUCCAGGUGGUGGGUCCCUGCGGCAGGCCUCUCCUGUGUCCGUUUACCUGUUCCCGGGUGAGCGGGGUGGGGCCCAGGCCCCUCUGCCCCCCGAUAGUGCCUCUGAAAGCGGCCUCGGAGUCAAAGAAGAGGAGGCGGAAGAGGAGGAGGAGGAGGAGGAAGAGGAGGAGGAUGGAGAUGGGGAUGCCCUGGACAGCGAUGAGUUCUGCAUCCUGGAUGCCCCUGGUCUUGGCAUCCCUCCCCGAGACGGCGAGCCGGUAGUGACGAAGCUGCAGCCUGGCUCCAUCACGGUCCGGGAUGGUCACUUCUCUCGCCCCCUGGGCAGCACAGACCUGCUGCGAGCGCCUGCCCACUUCCCCAUGCCCAUCAACCGUCUGGUGCUGCGAGAGGUCUCGCUGAUCUGGCACCUUUACGGGGGCCACGAUUUUGGUCCUCACCACAGCCACAGGACAAAAGCUGGCUUCUCGGGUCCCCGGGGCUCCCCAUCACGGUGCUCUGGGCUCAAUAGGCCCCAGAACUCCUGGCGCACCCAGGGCGGCAGCGGCCGGCAGCACCACAUCCUCAUGGAGAUCCAGCUCAGCAAGGUGAGCUUCCAGCACGAGACUUACCCAACGGAGAGAGCAGCAGCCCCUGGCGCCGAGUUGGGGGAGCAGCCCCUGGCCCGCCAGGUGUUCAUCGUCCAGGAGCUGGAGAUUCGGGACCGCCUGGCCUCCUCCCAGAUCAACAAGUUCCUUUACCUGUACACAAGCGAGAAGAUGCCCCGGCGGGCUCAUUCUAACAUGCUCACUAUAAAAGCCCUCCAUGUGGCCCCCGAGGCCGGCCUGGGAGGUCCAGAAUGUUGUCUCCGAGUUUCCCUCAUGCCCCUGCGGCUCAAUAUUGACCAGGACGCCCUGUUCUUCCUGAAAGAUUUCUUCACCAGUCUGGCUGCUGGCAUUAACCCUGUCAUUCCCAUGGACACAGCAACUGAAGCUCGCCAGGAUCCUACCGUCCGGACCAGUGUCCCUCAAGACAAGCUGCCAGAGGGGGCAGAGAUGAGCAGCUCUCUGGAGACCACAGUCAGUGAGCAGAGCUCCACGUCCACGUCCGCAACCUCCGCUGAGCAGCCCAUUUAUUUCAGGGAGUUCCGAUUUACCUCCGAGGUCCCAAUUUGGUUGGAUUAUCACGGCAAGCACGUCACCAUGGACCAAGUGGGCACCUUCGCUGGGAUCCUCAUCGGCCUGGCCCAACUCAAUUGUUCAGAGCUCAAGCUAAAACGUCUCUGCUGUCGGCAUGGGCUCUUGGGGGUUGACAAGGUGCUGGGCUAUGCCCUCAAUGAAUGGCUACAGGAUAUCCGGAAGAACCAGCUGCCAGGGCUUCUGGGAGGCGUGGGCCCCAUGCACUCAGUGGUCCAGCUCUUUCAUGGCCUUCGAGACUUGCUGUGGCUUCCCAUUGAGCAGUACCGGAGGGACGGACGCCUCAUGCGGGGGCUGCAGCGGGGGGCUGCCUCCUUUGGGUCUUCCACAGCUUCAGCUGCCCUGGAGCUCAGUAACCGGCUCGUGCAGGCAAUCCAGGCCACGGCCGAGACGGUUUAUGACAUCCUGUCCCCGGCCGCCCCGGUCUCCCGCUCGCUUCAGGACAAACGCUCGGCCCGGAAGCUCCGCAAGGGGCAGCAGCCGGCCGACCUUCGGGAAGGCGUGGCCAAGGCCUACGACACCGUGCGAGAGGGCAUCCUGGACACGGCCCAGACCAUCUGUGAUGUCGCUUCCCGGGGUCACGAACAGAAGGGGCUGACGGGGGCCGUCGGGGGCGUGAUCCGCCAGCUGCCCCCCACGGUGGUGAAGCCGCUCAUCUUGGCCACCGAAGCCACGUCCAACUUGCUGGGAGGGAUGCGCAACCAGAUCCUGCCCGACGCCCACAAGGACCACGCGCUCAAGUGGCGGUCAGAGGAGCCCCAGGACUGAGGGGGACGAUGGGGUCCGGCUGCGGGGACGAUUGCGUCCUGCGCCCGCGGGCCUCGGCUCUCUGACCGGGGGACGUUCUCGGCCACGGGGCUACCAGGGUGGCGCAGGAAGACGCCCCGCCUCGAAACUGACUCCGAGUCCCCCGCCCACCCCGUCCCCGUCCUUGGGGCCUGGGCUGAGGAGUCCUUCUGCCCGAGGAGGAGGAAGGGGCUGGGGGACGUCCUGGGCCCGAGCCCCUGCUGCUGCUGCCUGGCCCCAGGACGCACAGACUCUCCCCCUGGGGUCCCUCCUCCAGCCAAGUUCCGUGUUACGAUGGGGGGAGGGCCGGGCCUGGGACACAUGUGGUUCCGUGUAUCACUUUCCAAGCCCUCGGGAGUGGGGGCCGCGGCUUCUGCAUGAUGAGGAAUAAAUUGUGCCCAUAGCCGCCA